ACUAAUUUAACCCUUUUUUAGAUUUAAAUUUAAGAGAGCAAAAUGUGAUCUUUCAAUACAUUUCCUGGUUUCCCAGAAAUCGUUUUUGGAUGACUCAGGAUUUCCCUUCUGAUUCUGGGAAUCCUCCAACCGGGAUUUAUUGAAAGUACCCGGAAUUUUGCAACCCCAUUAGCGACUGUACAUUUGAUCAUGGGGAUUGUUCUACCAGCUUUUGGUUUCUGUUAAACAUUGCUGUUUCAAAAUAAACACUGCUCCUGACUCAACUUUGAAAAUAUGCACAGUGUGUAGCUAACUUCCUGCUUCCAUUCAAGCCUGCAUGUUUGAAAAAAUGGAGAAAGCAUAUCAUGUUUCAUUAAUUAUAAUAUAUACCAUUUAACAGUUACUUUUAUCCAAAGCGAGUUACAAUCAUGCGUGGACACAUUUGUGACGUAUUGGGUUGUCCCAGGAAUCAAACCUACUAUCCUGCUGUUGCAAGUUCCAUACUGAGCUACAGAGGACCUGUUCACUGUAGGUUUUAUAUAUCUGAUCCUACAGUUAGUUUAAACUUUUUUGGGGAGAUUGUGCAAUGUGUGACAGAAUGUGAAAAUGAGGACGGAAUAGAAAUAUUAAAUCUAAAGGCCAGGUGACAAAGGUCUGAUUCAGAGGUUGCUCAUCACUCCCUGCUGACUUCUAUGUACAGUCCAAACACACACACACCUCUCCUGACAAAGCAACUCUUCCCUUUACUUGCUGCAAACAAACACUCCAGGCAAAAGUUUUGUUUAAGUCAGGUAAAAUUAUUGUUUUCCUCUCUCAAUUUCUGAUGAUUUAAAUAAGCUGUUUACUGUAAGAGCUAGCAAUGUUUUGACAGGUUUUGAGUAAACAAACUCAGCAAUGGAAAUACAAAAUUAACUCCUCGGCAACAGAGGGCUACCAGGAGGACAGCUCGGAGACAGAUGCUCCGGAGUUCUGUGACAGGGAAAUUACCCACGACUUCGAGGUCAAACUCUCAAUCUACUACUUGCUGAUCUUCACACGGAGAGUGAUGGGCAACAAUUUGAUCUUCUACAUCGUCUGCAAGUUGGAGAAACACGACACAGUGGGCAACAUCUUCCUACUCAACCUGUUAAUGUCGGACCUGGUCUUCAUGUCUAGUCUGCCAUUCUGGGCUGUGUCCCACCACAUGUCCAGCUGGGUCUUCGGCCGGGCCUGGUGUAAGAUCGUGGGCAGCAAUUACUUUCUGGGUUUCUACAGCUCCAUCUUGUUCCUGACUCUCAUGACCUUUGACCGGUACCUGGCUCUACACCAGGCUGUCCACCAGGCUUUGCCGGAGGAGCUUAUGCCCUGGUCUCGUUCGCCGCUGUGUGAGGCAUCAGCCUCCUGGCGUGCAUCAAGCCGUUUAUACUCUAUGACCAGGCAGAGCAUUACUCCCAGGGGUUGAUGUGUGAGGAGGUCAGCGCCUUGGAAGGGAUCAACUUUAAGGUGUUGGAGAUGUUGGGGCCUUACCUCCAGUUAGGCUUGUUUUUCAUAUAUCCUCUCAUAGUUUUUUUUUUUACUGCUACUUUAGGAUCGCCAUGACGGUCAUCUCUUCCAGGACUGUGAGACUCAUAUUUGUCAUGCUGGACACCUCAUAAUGUUGUGGUGAUGCUUCAAGAGGAUGAAGACGACUGUGUGAGUCCGCAAACUUGACAAUGCGCUGUAAGUUACUCGUAUGGUCACAUAUCUGUACUUCUGUGUCAACCCUGGCUUCUACACCUUUGUGAGGAAAAAAGCUCCAGAACCACUUCAGAAUUCUGCUGGUGAGACAUGUGCCGUGUCCUAAGAACCAGUCCAAGGUACUAGCCGGACAAUGUCACAAAUUAGGAACCUUCAUGUGGGCAGGACUAGUUAAACAGAUGGACAGGUAUGAUCUAAGAGCCCCAUGGCACAGAAAUGUACAGUAUAUUAAUGAACAUCUAGCAGUUGCAUAUUAGUUAACAAAUCUUGGAAAAUACACGUAGUUACUCACUGCUGUGCAUCUGCAUUCAGGGAGACACCCUGGACCCAAACUGUUGCAGACCUAUAUCCAUCC